AUGCGUUUCGGAAAGAAGUUACGGAAUUCGGUCUUCGAGCCAUGGAAAGAUCAAUACAUAGACUAUGCGAAACUCAAGAGCAUGUUGCGGGAGGACGAGGAUGACCCAACCUGGACUGAAGACGAUGAGAACAAGUUCUGCGACGAAAUGCUGAAUGUGCAAUUGGAAAAGGUGGCCGCCUUCCAAGCGUCGACCUUCACGGCUCUGGAGGAGCGAGCAACGAAGUGCGGGGAGAAACUCAGAGACCUUGCUUCGGAGGAAGAGGCUUCUAAAUCGGAUGCCAUAGCGGGAAAAUUCAAGGCGAUCGAGGAUGAAUUGGACAAGAUUACGAACGAGACGAAGGAACUGAAGAAGUACAGCAGUAUCAACUAUACUGGGUUUCUGAAGAUUGUUAAGAAGCAUGAUCGCAAGAGAGGAAAUAAUUACAAGAUCAGACCCAUGGUACAGCUCAGAUUGUCGAACCGCCCUUUCAAUUCAGAAUCAAGCUAUGCCCCUCUGCUCAAUAAGCUAUCUAUGAUGUUCUAUGUUGUGCGACAACAACUGGACGAGAGCCCUGCUGAUCCUCUGGAAACCGAUGAGGCCUUAUCGCAGACUCAAAACGGAGAGAAAUAUGUGGCAUACAAAUGUGAGUAUUCCUUGGCCUUCUUGUUCUUAUUUAGCUGACGAUUGAUAUAGUUUGGGUCCAUAUGGAUAAUCUCCUGGAGGUCAGAACCUUUAUUUUACGCCGACUUCCUGUUCUCGUUUACAGCGAGCAGUCUUCGAAAGUCAUUGAUGCUCAAGGAGACCCCACCCUCAACUCCCUGUAUUUCGAUAACCCAGAUUUCGCAUUAUAUAACCAGAAGGUUGAUCGACAAAUCGACGCUGCAUCGAUUCGCAUAAGGUGGGCAGGUCAACUGAACUCUGGCCCUGAACUGGUUAUCGAGCAAAAGAUUUUGCAUCAGAAUGGUAGUAGUGAAGAGAGACGCUUUCCAAUCAAGGAGAAGUACAUCCAGCCUUUCAUCAAGGGAGAAUACAAGAUGGAAAAGAGCAUUCAGAAGAUGGAACGACAAGGUCACCCUGCAGCAAAGGUUGAGGAGUUCAGAAACACGGUGGAGAGCAUACAAAAUUUUGUCCUGGAGAAUGAUCUUCAGCCAGUCCUACGAGCAAACUACACCAGAACCGCUUUCCAAAAGCCACAGGACGACAAAGUCAGAAUUUCUAUCGACACCAACCUGGCUUUCAUCCGAGAGGAUUCCAUAGAUCCUGACCGACCAUGCAGACGUCCUGGAAACUGGCAUAGACUUGAUAUUGAUAACAGCGCCAUGGAAUAUCCUUUUCCUAACAUCAACCAGGGCGAGCUAUCCCGAUUUCCAUAUGCAAUUCUAGAGAUCAAGGUUAAAGAGGAAGGCAUCAAAAAGCAUCCACAAUGGGUUGAGGAUCUCAUCUCUUCCCAUCUUGUUCACAAGGCAUCUCGGUUCUCCAAAUUUGUUCAUGGGGUAGCGUCAUUGUUUGAAGACAAUGUCAACAACCUUCCUUUCUGGCUGAGUGAAGUCGAAACGGAUAUCCGAAAGGACCCUCAAGCCGCAUUUGAGGAAGAGGAGCAAAGAAAAGCACGUAAGGCAGAGGAUGAACAAGUCGUUGGCAGCUUUCUGGGAGGAACCUCUCGCCCGAGUGCUAGUUUCAAGGCUGCUGUCUCGCCCUUGGGAAAGUCUUACAUGCAAGAUAGAAUGGCAGCAGAAGAGCGUGCGGAGGCCUCCGGGAGACGUUCUGAGUUUGGCAAUACGAAGGUAGCAAAUGAUGGUGUCUUUGAUGAUGCUGGCGAAGGUUCAAGCUCUCGUGGUGGCGGCUAUGGUACUCUUUCUUCAGUAUUCCCAUCCUUCUCGCUCUCAAGAUAUGCUCAAGCCCAGAGAGAAAAGAGCGUUGUGUUACCCCCUGGGGUAACGAAACCCAUUCAACUCAUCAAAGAUUCUGGACCAUUGAAGGUUGAACCCAAAGUCUGGUUAGCUAAUGAACGAACGUAUCUCAAAUGGCAACACAUCUGUUUCCUCCUGGGAUCGUUUGCCAUUGUUCUUUCCAACGCAGGCGCCCAUGACAAGACGCGUCUUGCGAUGGGGAUCACGUAUCUAAUUGUCUCGAUCUUUACUGCGGGGUGGGGAUACUUUAUGCAUCGGACGCGGAGAGAGAUGAUUGUUGCGAGGAGUGGGAAGGAUUUCGAUAAUAUGAUUGGGCCGAUGAUUGUUAGUUUUGCGCUGAUUGUUGCGCUAAUUCUUAAUUUUGUUUUCAAAGUAUGUUUCCCUUUCCCCUUUUUUGCUCCCUAUUUUUGUUAUUGGGACGAAGCACUGAUAGUUUUGGAUAGUGGCAAGAAGCUAUGGCUAGGAGUCACGUUGAAGAUCCUUCGAAUUCGACCAUGGUAAUUGAGGGGGAGCAAUGGAGAACGGAACUUUUGUGAAGAUCGGUCAGGUAUUGGGGUAGGUGGGAUGGGAAUAAAUGGGGAAGUUGUAUAAAAGAAUGAUGAGAAAUCGGGACAACGUAAUGAGGGGAUCUUUGGGUGGAUUGGGAAAUUGCUACAUUGGGUGAGAUGGGUGGAAUGAAUAAAUGG